AUGGCAUUUAUUAAAGAGGAGAGUAAAGACAUGAAGAUUGAAGAAACAUUCACUGUGAAACAAGAAGAUACUGAGGAAAAAAAAAAGAUGUUGUUUAUUAAAGAGGAGAGUGAAAACCUGAGGAUUGAAGAAGCAUUCAGAGUGAAAAAACAAGAUACUGAGGAACAAACAGACAUGAUGACACUGAAAGAGGAGAGUCAAGAACUGCAUGAACUAGAAGAAAAAGAUCAAUAUGAGAAAUAUGUCACAAUUAGAGAAAAAUCCAUACAAACUGAAACACGAAAAAGAGCACCAAAGAGAGAAUUUAACAGUUCCUUCACCUGUUCUCAGUGUGGAAAGUGUUUCAAUCAAAAGCAUAACCUUGAAAUCCACAUGAGAAUUCACACUGGAGAGAAACCUUUCACCUGUGAGCAGUGUGGAAAAAGUUUCAUUCACAAAGGAAACCUUAAUUCCCACAUGCUAAGUCACACUGGAGAAAAGCCUUUCACAUGUGAUCAGUGUGGAAAGUGUUUCAAACGUAAAGUAACCCUUAAAAACCACAUAAGGAUUCACUCAGGAGAGAACCGUUUUACAUGUAAUCAGUGUGGAAAGAGUUUCAGUACUAAAGAUAGCCUCAAGAGGCACAUAACGCUUCAUACUGAAAGUAAGCCUUACACAUGCAAAGAGUGCGGCAAAAAUUUCAUAUAUAAAGCAUACCUUGAUUCGCACAUGAGAAGUCACACUGGAGAAAGCCCUUUUACCUGCAAACAGUGUGGGAGGAGCUUUUCACAUAAAGGAAGCCUUCAGACUCACAUGAGGAUUCACACUGGAGAGAAGCCGUUCACAUGUGAUCAGUGUGGAAACAGUUUUAGACAUAAAUCAACCCUUGAUUCACACAUGAGAAGUCACACUGGAGAGAGUCCUUACACCUGCAAACUAGAAGAGACAUUCAUGUGCCAGCAAUGUGGAAAGAGUUUCAGAUUUAAAGGAAAUCUUAAAACUCACAUGAGAGUUCACACUGGAGAGAAGCCUUUCACUUGCUCUCACUGUGGAAAGAGUUUCAAUCAGAAAGUAACCCUUGAGGUUCACAUGAGACUUCACACUGGAGAGAAACCUUUUACAUGUGUUCAGUGUGAGAAGAGUUUCACAUAUCGAAGAGACCUGAAACAGAUUUAA